AUGAGAUAAAAACAGUACUAUUGAAUGCGCUAUCAAAGAUCAUACAAAAUGAAGGAAGUCAUCAGUGUUUUGCAGAAAUUGUUGUGAAUGUGAUCAGUCUUCUUCAGAUUAUUCUUGAAAAUGUUGAUUCUCCAGAUUUGCUCUAUGCUGUACUUAGUGUCAUUAUGCCUAUUGCAACUGAUUUCCCACAAGCAUUUGCAGGCUACUUCAGGGAUACCGUAGAUAUACUAGUKGGAUGGCAUAUCGAUACUUCUCAACAAGAAUCACUAACUAGGCAUACAUCAGAGUGUUUGAUUCAGCUUCAUCCRUACUGGGCAUCCGACAUUGCCUUUUCUUUGACAUUAUUGGGACAAUUUCUGGAAGAUAUGGAGGCCUAUGCUGAGGAGUUAAGCAUGGUUCUUGUAACAUCACCAUAUACAUCAUUACCAAAACUAACAGCACUUGUAAGAGUUCUGAUGACUGUCAUCAAUGGUAUCGGGGAGUACUUCUCUCCAUCACAAACGCCAGCAGUUACCAUACCAUAUAUUACUGAYAUUGUCCAGAGAAUUAUCCAUUGCAUUAGCCUAUCGGGAUUUACAUUCUACUAUGAGGAACUUUUUAUUGUUGGAAACCAGUGUCUUAGCUCAAUGUGUAAAUCAUUACAAGUUUACUUUGCUGGCUGCUGCCACCAGACUGGAGUGUUCAUCUCACAGCAGUUACAAUCAUGUCCAACACCAACAUAUAGCCAUAUCAUGGCUUUGUUAUCCCUUGCUGACCAGCACCAUUACUGUUGUUUCCAGAUACUUUCAAAUGUCAUGAAGAUCUUUCAAGGUUUUCUAGGAAUUCGUGAUGUGCAGCUGAUGGAGGAAGCUUACAGCUUAACUGUAACAGAAAUGACAGAACAAUUCAACCAGCUCAAGAAAAUAACCUGUGUUACACAAGAUACUGAAGAAAACACCACUGACGAUUUACCAGUAGUCACAGAACCAAUAUCCACAGGGAACCCAAACGAAUCUCCCAUGGAUAUCACAAAUGAACCUACAACAACUCAUCCUGUUGCUAUGGAAGCCAAUUCAGUUGCCAAGCAACCAGGAGAUACUCCAGGAAGUGAUCCAGGCAUUGAGAAUGAAAGAAUAACGGAUAAAGCACAUGAGAUCCAGACAAUUUUGAUAUUUGAUUUAUGYGCCUUGUCUGAGAUUGCAACAGCAAAGUCACCAAUCAUUGGGUUGUGGAAGCUAACUCCAUCACUGUUUGAACUUCUAACUGUCCAUACAAGUGCCUGUGAAUGGACUAUUGCAAGAUGCUACCCAGCUGUACAAUACACCAUCUUACAUGCACUAUAUUCUCACUGUCAAAGGAAUACCCAUUUCUUGUCCAGUGUAAAGGACUUGAUCAGAAACCCAACCAACCAAAACGGCAGCAUGAGCUUUAUUCUUGGUUUAUUGUCAAAACUGUUGGUCAAUUCAAGUUCAGGACAAGAUACCAGGAGGUUGUGUUUGGUGUGGGCUACCGAAAUACUAGACUUAAUCUUCAAAUCAGGACCAGAAAUCACAACCAGAGUUCAAAAACACUUUAAUUUUGAUGUUCUUGGAAACAGUCUUUUGCCAUUGAGUAAGUUAUUUCCCAAUUUUGCAAUGUAAAUGGAUGAUUGAAAG